AUGACAAAGGCUGUAAUGGUAAGGUGCAACCUGCUCUGUUUAUUAACUCUUUUACUCUGUUGGGGUUGUGGGUUAGUAUGGGCUCAACCAAGCAAAAGUACUCUUGAGGGCAUCCCUAGAGACGCCGUUUGUUUUCCUCCUUCGGAGCCUAUUGUUCGUGAUGAUGGAACUCCUGGCUGUGCUGUCAACAAAACACGUAAGACCCAAGAAACUCACGAGACCCAUGCCGUGGUGAGACAAGAAAAAGGACCACAGAUGGAAGAAAACAAACCGGUAGAUGCUGGACCUGAAACCGAGCGGGACUCACAUUCGGAUACACGUGAACCCACAAAUGGAGGGAACACAGACUCAACAGGAUCAGCCGCUACUGAGAGACAAGAGACAUCUGCUAAUACACUUCAGAGUUUACCUGAGACUUCUUCCAACACUUCACCCUCACAGAAUGCAGGAGAGUCUGGAGCUGCAGAGACUGGACCAACAAGUACCCCAAAUGAGGGAGGAAAUACAGAUACCACCACCACCAACACCACAACAACAACAACAACACUUCCUCCUGAACUCACAAACAACAAGAAGGGUGAUGCAGACAGCAGCAGCAGUAUCAGCAGUUCUGUGUGGGUGCGUGUACCACUACUGAUUGUGGUUACACUGUCCUGUAUUCUUGUGUGCUGA